UGUCGUGGAAAUCGAAGAAAAGCGAAUUCAUUCGAUUUUAAUUGAAUUGUUCGAAUAGAUCCAAACACGGAUCCAACAUCCAACCGGUUUUGAUGGCCACCCACCACCCACUGCAUUCCUCCUCUCAAAACUCUCAUCUUCUCCCACCAACCAGAACGCCAUUCUCAGCAACAGGCAGGUGUCGAAUAGCGUUCUACUAGUACAGUACCAGCAGAGGAUGGGAGUUUUCCUGCCUCUUUUUCAAGUGCUUAUUCUGUUGACAGCCAGAAGCAACAGCCACAGGAGUUCAAAGCCGCGUUCUGCCAGUACCAAGGGACCUCCGCCACAAAAAUCACCAUCAGGUUCUCCCAGGGGUCGUCAACGCUAUGCUCCUGGUUCCUCCAAGACUCCACAAAGAUCCAAUGCAAAAAGAUCCGAAAACAGCCAGCAUGACAACACCCAAGAUGUUCUCCCCGAGAUUCCACCGCUGACUAGCCCCGACGGUCCAUUUCCCACCUUAUUUACAUGCCGACACACCUACGAAGACACACUGAUGGAAGAAAUCAGCAGACAUGACCUCCCCUCUGUGCAUACGACGUCACCGUGUCCCGGAUUGGUCUACGUCGAGGGGUUAUUGGAUGAUGAUUCUUCUGCGGCAAUAUUGACCGAUCCAGUCUAUGCACUCCAAUCAUUGCCCAACUGCCGCAUUCUCGAGUGUCAAAAUUCCAUCAAGGGGCUGGCACGAGCCAUUGCUGAAACACCGGCCUUUUGUGACCUGCUGGCAGCGUCACCGAGAGGGUCCUUGGCGUCCAUUCACGCCAUUGUCCCUGGCAUGUGCAAGGGACAAAAAGAUCCCAUCUGGCAACGACGGUCUCAUUUGGUGGCCGAUGCCGUCCUGGAGAUUUGGAAGAAGCAAUUUCCAGCAGCUCGUAAACAACCAUCAUCAGAAGAAACGAAUCAGGAAACGAAGUUACCGGUGUUAUUGCUGCAAAUCCUCCUCUUGUCUCCGGAUGUGGCAGGGGCCUCCUUGGCAGCUUGUAAUAAUUCACAACAACCAUCCACUGGACAACAACGACAACAACACGGUUGGUGGCCCAAUCCCCACUAUCCCGUGGGCAUGGCCCUGGUGGAUAUCACUACACAAAAAAUGCCCAGCUCGGCCUAUCGCAAGCUAUUGGAAGCCUUGGCCUGUAUGGGAACGCAGCCAUCCUCGGGAGACACCGUGGUGGACUUGGGUGCUAGUCCCGGCGGUUGGACGGCUGCAUUGUUGCUCUUGACUGCGGCCGACAUUGUGGCGGUGGAUCGUUCUCCACUGGAUCCCAAACUCAUGAAGAACAAUCGCGUCACCUUUAUCCAAGGAGAUGCCUUUUGCUUCGAGCCGACAACAACAACAGCAACCUGGAUGGUAAGCGACAUUAUUGCCUAUCCAGAACGGAUUGUCGAGCUAGUGGAGCAAUGGUGUGGGUUGGUGCACAACAUGGUUGUCACCAUGAAAUUCCAAGGAACGGCACCUUCCUGGGAUGAGUUGGAUCGGGCAUUGCAAGUCGCAGAAUCGAAGGGCUACAUGGCACGGGCCAAACACUUUUUCAACAACAAGAAUGAAGUCACCCUCAUGCUUCAACAACAGCAACACAAAGUCGACAAACGUACUACACUGUCAAGUCCUGCUGCUGAUGCUAGUGCCGAUACUAGUACCGGUAGUGGGAUACCAUCCUUCUACAAGCCAGCGUUUGAACGAUAUUUAAAUACAGUAAAGGAUUGAAUCGAAUCAUAACCAACGAUACCAAUGACGGGCAAGGCGACCAGGGGCUACCGGUACGCUGGCUACCAGGUACAGGAACCAAGCGAAGCGCCGAAGGAAGGAGCUUUUGUAGUCAGCUUUCGAGCGAGAAGGCAGGACCACUCAUACGCUUGGAUACGUGGAGUGCCGGUGCGACCCGAAUCCACGUCUGAAUCGAAGCAUAGGUCUCAUGUCUGGCCUGUGUUUCAUGAGGUAUCAUUCUGAUUGAGCAGCCUCCAUCAUCAGAAAAAGGGCAAACGGCACCAUGGAAACAGAAACGCUCAAUCAGCAGCCUCCCGUUGCCUAUACGCCACCAACCUUGUUGGUCUGCGAGGAUUGCAAAUGCCUUCUCCCCGAAAGCUCGUUCUCACGGACACAACUCCGAAAGCAGUCCAAACCCGCUUGUAGCAUAUGUUGUUUUCGGCGCAAUCAACGAACCAUCGCAUCGGGGAAGGUCGGCAUGCCGAACCACUAUUACGGCCCUGGUAGACCCGAGAAGCGAGGCUGUUCCGCAUGCGGGUAUUGGUCUUGUGCGCACUGCUGGUGUUGGUGGAGCGGCAACCAUCGAAAGGGAGGCCGGCAACCGCGGGGAACCCGUCCACCUUCCACACCCAGAACGGGUUGUUCGUCAUGCAAGGAGAAUCUACCCAAGACAGCGUUUAGCCACUCUGCUUGGAACAAGCGAUGCCAUGGCGGAGCUCGGUGUCACAAGUGCACAGCCAAUUGCUUGCAAGUCAUCAAGGGAAGUGUGCAAGACGAAACAAAACGCAACCCUGGAAGGAAGCGUUUUCGAGAAACUAGGAAUGCUGGGCCAUGGAGGAAGACUUUACUGUGCAGACGACCAGAACGGCCGUGAGUUAGUUGAGAGAGUCAGAGUCAGUCAUCGGUGCGUCGGGUUGCUUUCCACGAGAAAAGUUUGAAAGGGCGCCCUCUGUGCUGACUGAAUGCGCCCCGGUGCAAGAUCUUUCGUUCGUACCGGUGGUACAGUACGAGUGCUUUCGGAGGUGAGGGCCUGCCCGGUUUAUUUGUAGCUUUUGAAGGUACCUCCGAAGGGCCUGAUGCCCAGACUCCGAAGUCCAGCGCGGCAAAGCAUCGCUAGCUGCAGUACCGCUGCCGAUAUAGUGUCGGAUGGGGAGAGUCGAAUCAUACCGCCAGUUGACUCAUCCCACUGGAAAUGAAGAUCGGGCUGGUGGUCCCAGCUGAAUCUGUGGGUUUGGUCCAGUGCGGGCUGGCACAAGAAUCAACGAGUAGAGUAGACAACGAUUUACUUCGCUUCUUUUGAGAAGCAGGAUGUUAAUGGACUACCGUGGCAGCUAGCUAGCUAGUAUUGGGUUGUUGGGUGCCCCUUUUCUUCGUCGUAGUUCCUCCGGUAUUGCCAGUGGUACAUCUAUUCGGCGCCAGACGCUCGGGUCCUCGCCUUUGAAGCAACUGUAGUAAACCGUAAUGGCUGGACAUCAACCGGUAUUCCAUUUUCCGGGUCCUACCAUCGCUCACUGACCGGUUCACACUCCCGAGCAACAUGGACAAGUUAGCUUGUAUGGGUUCUGCCAGUAGAGACGAGGCCUGUCACCAGUUGCUCAAUCGUUGUCGCGUUGUAAGCAACGAUAGCAACCAUUGAUUCUGCACAGAGGCAACCGAAACGAGCUGAAGACAAACAACGGUAAACAACGACGACGAUGCGAGGUACUCGUAGACAUCCUGUUGGCCAACAUCAUUUGCAAAACCCUUUCCUUCCUGCGGUUCCUGCCACUGUAGAUUGCAUGCAGCCUCAAAUGAUGAACGUUUUGAUCUGGACAGCUCCUGAACUGCACUCUGGGAACAUUAUUGAUUAUCGUAUUGAUGUUGUU